AUGAAAUUGUUGAUAUUAGCGGCACUGAUAUCUGUAACGGUUGCCUAUCGAGUAUCGUUUGGAUCAACUGGUGGUCGGACAUCACUCGGAGUCAAUGGUAAUGGCAAUGGUAACGGACAGAUGUCUUUCAAUGUGGGCGAUGAUACAGAAACAGGACUCAAUGGUAUUAGCGGUUUGUUUAGUGGUAUUACUGGACUUAUAGGAAAAGGUGUGGAAAACACUUUUCAAGUGAUGGGAAAUGUUUUAAAUAGCGGCAAAAAAUUGACUAAUGAUGUCAUUAACACUGUAUUUCAAACGAUUACACAAACCGGUUAUAUCGGAGAAAAAUUGAUUGAAAACGGAUUAAACAGAUUUGAAGGUAUUGUCAAUAGAAUAGACAAUACAGUCAACACUGGACUCAAUAAAGUUAAUGAUAUUCUUAAUAAUGAUUUAAAUUUGGCUAAAAAUGGCAUCAAUUCUAUUCAUGGAAAUCUUGAUUCUGAUCUGAAUAAAGCUAACGGAGCCCUCAGCUCUGGUAUCGGUAAAGUUAACGGUGCCCUAAACAAUGGCCUUAAUACAGCUAACGAUGCCAUCAACACUGUUAUCGGUAAUGUUAACGGCGCCUUAAACACUGGUCUGAAUACAGCUAACGGUGCUCUUAAUAAUGGUUUAAAUUUGGCUAAUAAUGGCAUAAAUUCUGCUUAUGGAGCACUUGACUCUGGUAUCAAUAAAGUUAACGGUGCACUCAACACUGGUCUUAAUACAGCUAACGGUGCUCUUAAUAAUGGUAUCAAUAAAGUUAACGGUGCCCUCAACACUGGUAUCGGUAAUGUUAACGGCGCUCUAAACACUGGUCUGAAUACAGCUAACGGUGCUCUUAAUAAUGGUAUCGAUAAAGUUAACGGUGCACUUAACACUAGUCUUAAUACAGCUAACGGUGCUCUAAACACUGGUCUGAAUGGAGCUAACGGUGCCCUCAACACUGGUAUCGGUAAAGUUAACGGCACCCUAAACACUGGUCUGAAUACAGCUACGGGUGCUCUUAAUAAUGGUUUAAAUUUGGCUAAUAAUGGCAUAAAUUCUGCUCAUGGAGCUCUUGACUCUGGUAUCGGUAAAGUUAACGGUGCCCUAAACACUGGCCUUAAUAUAGCUAACGGUGCUCUUAAUAAUGGUAUCGGUAAAGUUAACGGCGCCCUAAACACUGGCCUUAAUACAGCUAACGGUGCUCUUAAUAAUGGUAUCAAUAAAGUUAACGGUGCCCUCAACACUAGUAUCGGUAAAGUUAACGGCACCCUAAACACUGGUCUGAAUACAGCUAACGGUGUUCUUAAUAAUGGCAUAAAUUUGGCUAAUAAUGGCAUAAAUUCURCUCAUGGAGCUCUUGACUCUGGUAUCAAUAAAGCUAACGGUGCUCUUAAUAAUGAUUUAAAUUUGGCUAAUAAUGGCAUAAAUUCUGCUUGUGGAGCACUUGACUCUGAUAUCAAUAAAGCUAACGGUGCUCUUAAUAAUGAUUUAAAUCGCGGUGCCCUCAACACUGGUAUCGGUAAAGUUAACGGCACCCUAAACACUGGUCUGAAUACAGCUAACGGUGUUCUUAAUAAUGGUAUAAAUUUGGCUAAUAAUGGCAUAAAUUCUGCUAACGGAGCACUUAAUAAUGGUAUCAAUAAAGCUAACGGUGCACUCAACACUGGUAUCGGUAUCAAUAAAGUUAUUGCUAACGGUUCCGGUUCCGUUCGGAUUGAUCCUAAAUUUGUGAGCACUAGCCUUAAUACAGCUAACGGUGCUCUUAAUAAUGGUAUCAAUAAAGUUAACGGUGCCCUCAACACUAGUAUCGGUAAAGUUAACGGCACCCUAAACACUGUUAACGGUGCACUUAACAAUGGUCUGAAUGGAGCUAACGGUGCUUUCAACACUGGUAUCGGUAAAGUUAACGGCGCCCUAAACAAUGGCCUUAAUACAGCUAACGAUGCCCUCAACACUGGUAUCGGUAAAGUUAACGGUGCUCUCGAUAGUGGUCUUAAUGCAGUCAACGUUACUUUCAAUGAUGUCUUACCUUCGGGUGAAAUAUCACUCGACUUUUAA